AUGCUGUACCCUAACCCAUACCAGGAAAAGGCCACCAGAUUAGCGCUGAAAAGCAAUCGGCUGUACAAGUCAGAUGUAGCUCAAGCCCUGCUGAACGCACUGGGAGUGACAGAGCACGAUGACCAGAGGGCCACAGCCUCGCCCACGGCCACAGAUCAGACGGACACCACACAGACACAGUCGGAUGGUGACGAGGAGGUGGAGAAUGCUGGGUUCAAAAACCAAGCGCAAGACACUUCCAGUGCCUGGAACUCGUACGGUCCCACACCCACACCCCAAACGCAUGAGGCUGACAAUUGGUGGGAAGCGCCCGCUGUGCCCAAUAGUGGGAUACCUACCAGAAUGAGCAAACCGACCAAACCCACACCACCGAGCCCUAGCACACCCUCCAGUAAACCUCCGAGCAGUCCCGCAACAAGCGCCCCUUCCUCAAGAAGUGCAUCACGCGAUGAAUUCGAAAGUCGAA